AUGGCUGUCCCAGUCUUUGAAACCGCGCCCGUUCUCUCCACGCCGGAUACGCACAUCUUCGAAGAUCCUACCCCCACUGUAGACACUUCGAGCCUUCCCCGCCUCUCCGAUGAACAAGUCGCCCUCACAUACGACAUCGAACGCACAGUCCGGGAAAUAAGAGAGGGGAGAUGGAAGAGGAUAGCACUGCAAUUUCCAGAUCAUAUGCUCACGGAUGCGCCGAGGGUGUAUGAGCAUUUGGCUCGAGGGUUGGGCAAGGUGAAGAAAACGCAGGAUGGUGCUCCAAAGAAUGGGCAGCAGAAUGGGACGACAACAGAUGCGGAGCUAAGCGCAAGGCUGGAAAAGACAUUAAUUGCCCAAGACGAGGAUAGGGAAGAGCGGCUCUUCAUACUGGGAGACACGUCGUACGGCGCCUGCUGCGUGGACGAGGUGGCCGCAGAACACGUCGACGCGGAUGUUGUUGUGCACUACGGACGAUCGUGUCUGUCUCCUCCCGCGAGACUACCCGUUAUUUAUGUCUUCACGGCGCGGCUGCUCAACUUAGACCCCCUGCUCUCGACAUUCAAAGAGACAUACCCAGACAAAGAGGCCAAAAUCAUCUUGAUGGCAGACAUACCAUACUCCCACCACAUCCCAACUCUUUACUCCCGCCUCCACGACCAAGGCUACACCGGCGUCUACGCUACCGAAAUCGUCCAUAAUCCCUCUUCGCUCCUUCCCAACCGAACAGUACCAUCUGACGCAGAGAAAGAAAAAGAAGCGCUCCAAGAAUAUGCCCUCUUCCAUAUCUCCGACCCACCAACCGCCCUCCUCCUCACACUCUCCUCCCGCGUAUCCUCAAUACACAUCUACCCCACCUCUUUCAACACCACUACCACACCGUUUGCGUCCCUCGCAUCAACAUCCCUCGCCCUCCGCCGCCGCUACGCCAUUCUAACCUCCUUAUCCACAACGCCCAUCUUCGGCAUCCUGAUCAACACCCUUUCCGUGAAGAACUACAUGCACAUCCUUUCACACGUCCAACGCCAAAUCACUGCUGCCGGCAAGAAAUAUUACACCUUCGUUGUUGGCAAGGUGAAUGCAGCCAAGGUAGCCAACUUCAGUGAGGUGGGCGGAUGGGUCGUAAUUGGAUGUUGGGAAAGUAGUUUGAUCGAGAGUAGAGAGUUUUGGCGGCCAAUGAUCACGCCUUGGGAACUUGGGGUAGCAUUGAAGGCGGACGACGAGCGUGUGUGGACGGGGGCGUGGGAGGCGGACUUCGAGACCGUUCUCAACGAUGAGAAAGAGAGGAAGGAAAGAAACACUAAUCAUAUAAGCACUGGGCUGCCCAACGGAGAGACAAGAGAGGCGGAGCAGAUGUGUGAUGAUGGUAAAGAUGACGGCGACUACGAUGACUCCGAGGAAGAAUCUGCGCCCCCAGAAUUUGAUCUCAGAACUGGCCGCUACGUCUCGCAUUCUCGACCUAUGCGUUCAACUAUCGCCCCUAAAGACACCCCCUCCCGAGCAGUCCCGAACGGUCAGAUAGCAUCCUCCAGCUCCGCACUGACCAAACGUGCCAAUGGCGAUAUAGCAUCUGUGGGCGGUGUCGCGUCGCCAGGAGCGGAAUACCUACGUUCAAACAGGACAUGGCAAGGUCUAGGGAGUGACUAUAGAAGCGAGGAAGGCGAGAACGGGGUGGAUGGACGUGCGGCCAAGAUGGAAGAAGGGAGGAGUGGGAUCGCAAGAGGCUAUGUCGUCGGAGACGAAGGUCGAACACAUUAG